AAUGAUCCACGCGCAGGCCUUGCUUGCUGAUGCGACCUUAAGAGACCAGAUGAACUUGACACGACAGAUAAAUGUCAGUGCAUUUCGUUUGUGCAUUUUUCACCACCGCACGCACGCACUCGAACGCAUUCGUACCGAUUGCGAAUUUCGAAAAUUAUUGAAAAAUAAAAGUUCGGACGGAAUCGUCCUCCUUCGUAUUAAAAAAAAAGUAGCGUUGGAUAAAACGCUCGUUAAAGGUGAUUUUGCUCACAAGCGAUGCGAGAUUCUCGAAGGAUGUUGCAACUUUGUAUUGUUUUAUUUUCGUACGUAGCAUGCGGCCUAGCAGGAUAUCCAGCUACAGAUUCCUCAUCCGGAAAUGACUUAGGCAGUAAUAGUGGAUACGGAUAUGGAUAUUCCGGUAGUUUUUCAGGUUCCGCCCCGCCGGAAAAUUUUAAAAUCCCGUUUUUCGAUUUCAGCAAUUUCGUAAAAAGCUUUCAGAAAUUUCAGGAAGAGUUGCAAAAUACCAUCGUAAAUCAGGCUCAUGUGGGUCAACAUUUCGCUAACUCGGGAGGAAGUGGAGGUGGUGCAGCAGGAGGAUACGGAGGAGGGUUUUCCAGCGGUUAUGCGGGUGGAGCAGGAGGCUAUGGAGGAUCAUUUUCAAGCGGUUAUCCAGGCGCAACAGGAGGAUAUGGAGGAUCGUUUUCAGGCAGUUUUCCAAAUGCUGGAGAUUUUCAAUUUAUUCCAGCUUCUGGAAUUAAAGGCACUUUCAACCCCGGCCUAGAUAAUGCGGCCCAUGCUUACGGUUCCGUUGGUCCUGAUGGAGUGCGCCAAAGUGCCGCAGUUUAUCCAGAAAAUCCAAAUUCACCUAACGUGAACGUGUAUCAUGGAACAACUAAUACUGAUCCGAAUGGGUAUAUGAAAAGCGUAUACAGCUCGAGUUCCAGCGUAAGCAAAACCGUUGAUGGAAAAACUCAAACCUACAAGCAUGCUAUAACUUCAGUAAAUGAUAACGGGAAAGUUACUACUUAUGAAGCGAAGUCGCCGUAAGAAAAUCAAACUGAUAUUAAAAAAGUAUAUUGUACUUUUUGUUGAUGGAUUAUUUGUUUUGUGUUUAUGUAUUUACAAUUUUUGCAUGUUUCGAUUAAAUAAAUACGUAUUGAAAUA